CCCGGCCUAAAGCUUCGGGCCAUCCAGACAGACUGGUCACCGCCAUGGAGUUUGACUUGUCCGCAGCCCUGGGCCCUGGUUCUAAGAAGCCAGACGGGGCAUGUCAAGUGGGAGACCCCAAACACUGUCCUCUUAAAGCGCCGGGCCGACCAGAGGCAGGCGCUGCUCACAAGCCGAGGCACGGCGCUGGCGGCUCCUCCGACUCCAGCAGCAGCAGCAGCAGCUCCAGCGACUCAGAGGCAGAGGGGAAGGAGCACGCCGCUGGCUGCAAGAAGCAUGAACGCUCUUCAGACAAGGCCAAGAAGCCCAAAGUGAAGAAGGAAAAGAAAAAGAAGGAGAAGAAAAAGGAGAAGGCCCCCCACUGACGUAUUAAACUUGCAGCCCUUCCCGCUCCCCAGCGCCCUCUGCCGGUCAGGAGCGGAGGCCGCGCAGAGCCCAUCGUG